AUGGAGAAUUGCAAAGGGGUGGUGGUGGUCUCCGCCAUAUUCAACGACCACGACAAAAUCCGGCAGCCCGUGGGCCUUGGAUCCAAGACCUUAGACCUCGUUUGCUUCUUCAUGUUCGUCGACGACGAAACCCUCGAUCGUUUGCACUUGCACAACCUAAUAACGCCGAAGAAAUCAACCAAGAAGCUGAAAAUCGGUGCGUGGACGGUGGUUAGGGUUUCGAGUGAGGAGUUGUACGAGAAUCCGGCAAUGAACGGCGUUAUACCGAAGUAUUUGCUCCACCGCCUCUUCCCGAAUUCCAAAUACAGCAUUUGGAUUGAUGCCAAGUUGCAGCUGGUGGUGGAUCCGCUUCUCUUGAUUCACUCACUUGUGAUCAAGGAGGGUUUUGACAUGGCUGUCUCCAAACACCCCUUUUUCUUGCACACCAUGGAGGAGGCCGCCGCGACGGCGCGGUGGAGGAAAUGGUGGGAUGUGAGUGGGAUCAGAGCUCAGAUGGAGAGCUACUGUGAGCAUGGUUUGCUGCCAUGGAAUGCAUACAAGCCUUAUCCCUCAGAUGUGCCAGAUAGUGCUUUGAUAUUGAGGAAACACAGUGUCCCCACAAAUUUGUUUUCAUGCCUAAUAUUCAAUGAGUUGGAAGGAUUCAACCCAAGGGAUCAACUUCCCUUUGCAUUUGUGAGGGACAACAUGAGGCCAAAACUGAGGCUAAACAUGUUUGAGGUGGAAGUGUUUGAACAGAUUGCUAUUGAAUACAGACACAACACCAAAAACCAACAUGGUGGUGGUGGUGGGGCCAAUGUAAUGGGUCCCAGAAACUGGGGUUACCACUCAGCUUUAUUUGCCAAUGGUACAUAUGGGAAAUGUGAGGGGUAUCUUUUAGAUAUGUGGGGUGAAGUGGUAUCCCCAUGACUGAUCUAAGUUUUGUUCUGUUUCAACCAAUUUUUUUGUCUCUUGUCAAUCUUUACAGAAUCAUCAAUGUAGAAACCAAUCAACCAAGAAUAUCCUAACAGAAAAGCUGACAAAAGGUGGAAUUAGUUGGCAGUGAUGUUUGAUUUAGUGAGCACAGGCCAAUCAUAUGUUGAUUGUUAUAAUAUGUUGUUGGGGCUUUAGUUUUAAUGAGUUCAGUUGUUUGAUAGUUCUUUGUAUUUUACACAUGAUUAAUAUUUGUGUAGU